CCCCAUGGAGAUCUCUAGCUGAUUCCCCGCGCAUGACAACUGCUUUUUCCCCCUGCGCUUUCAUUUACCAACAGACAUGAAACGCUAACAAACUUCAAAAGAAGAAAGAGUUCUGGCUUUAGCUUGUACCGAGUGGGAUGGAUCGCCCUUUUUGUGCUUAGCACCCAUCAGUUAAAUAUGCACGGCAUGCUUAUUUUUAAGGUAAUCGAAUGGGGCUGCGUCUAAGAGGAAUAGAUUUCAUGGCACCAACUAUGAAACGGACUCUUGCACUCUGUGUUUGCUUCUUAACUUUGAUUAAAAAGUGCAGCUCGGCAGAUGCAGAGGAAAGGCUUAUGAACUGCCUCCUUGGCAAGGAUCGCUACAACAAGCUGAUUCGCCCAGCCGUAAACAGCUCAGAGCGAGUGACCAUCACCUUGCAGGUGUCUUUGGCUCAGCUCAUCAGCGUGAAUGAGAGAGAACAAAUCAUGACCACAAAUGUCUGGCUAAACCAGCUAUGGGUUGAUUACAGACUUUCUUGGGAUCCUUCAGAAUAUGAUGGGAUAGACAAACUACGUAUACCUGCCCGGCACCUAUGGCUUCCUGAUAUUGUGUUGUACAACAAUGCUGAUGGCACAUACGAGGUGUCCCUCUUUACUAAUGCUAUAGUGCAGUUUAAUGGCAGCAUCUUCUGGCUUCCACCAGCCAUCUACAAGAGCGCCUGCAAAAUCGAAGUAAAGCACUUCCCAUUUGACCAGCAGAACUGCACUCUAAAGUUCCGGUCCUGGACAUACGACUACACAGAAAUUGACCUGGUGCUGAAGAAUAAUGUGGCUAGUAUGGAUGACUUCACCCCAAGCGGUGAAUGGGACAUAGUGGCUCUGCCUGGAAGGAGAAUUGUCAACCCCCUAGACCCAACAUACGUAGAUGUUACCUAUGACUUCAUCAUCAAGAGGAAGCCCCUGUUCUACACCAUUAACCUCAUUAUCCCAUGUGUUCUCAUCACUUCGCUGGCCAUCCUUGUUUUUUACUUGCCCUCUGACUGUGGUGAGAAGAUGACACUCUGCAUUUCGGUCUUACUGGCUCUCACUGUUUUUCUGCUUCUGAUCUCAAAGAUUGUUCCACCCACAUCCUUGGAUGUGCCUCUGAUUGGGAAGUAUUUGAUGUUUACCAUGGUACUGGUGACUUUCUCGAUCAUCACUAGUGUCUGCGUGCUCAAUAUCCACCACCGCUCCCCCAGCACCCACACCAUGCCACCCUGGGUCAAGGUGGUGUUCCUGGACAAACUCCCCGCCUUGCUCUUCAUGAAGAGGCCCCACAACAACUCUGCCAGGCAAAGGCUUCGGCAGCAGCAGCUGAGGGCUUGCAAGGCUGCACUGGGCUGUGCUCCACCCUCUGCCUUUCUGUCUUCCUCCUCCGCAUCUUCCCCGCGACACUUCUACAAAAACGCUGCAUCCUUCAUCAACUCGGUCAGAAAGAGUGAGUUGCGGAUACCAGAUGUCCACAGCAGUUUCCCUGCACCUCAGGACUUCCGGCAACAGAGCUCAGGUUACUUCAGGCCUGAUGUUCAGGAGGCUAUCAACGGGGUGCGGUUUGUGGCUGACCACAUGAGAUGCGACGACGAUGACCAAAGUGUCAUUGAAGACUGGAAGUACGUGGCCAUGGUUGUUGACCGAAUGUUUCUGUGGAUUUUUGUUUUUGUUUGCGUUGUAGGGACUCUGGGACUUUUUCUACAGCCACUGUUUCAGAACCAGAAUGUGGUCAGCCAUUACUAAGCUUAAACAGCAGAUCAGACCUGUUUAGGAAUGACUUUUUAAUUAAGAGAUGUGUCAGUUUCUGCACAAAUUUACAUUUAUGUACUCGUUAAACUUUUCCUUACUCUUGGAUUCUAAUUCAAGAGAAUUAUGGUACAGUAUGUAUUUAAUGUCAAAGCUAAAAGACAUAAAAUGGUGCUCAUAACAAAAUUAAGGGAUACGUUAAUUCUGCCCCUAAAUGUAAGGAAACUCAAUAAGAAAAGUGGCACAUAAGUUAUAUGAAAUGUAAUAAAAAUGUUUCCAUUCCUACUAAAUUCCAUACCAGAUGGUAAUUUUAUCUGUAUUAAUUAUAAGCCUUGGGGCAAAGCUCCCCUGAAUUUCAUAUGGAAAACCUUAAACGGAUGAAAGCUCAGUAAAGAAAAACAAGAACAAUUUGCAUCAUAAGAUCUUCAUUUUCGAGAAUGUAUGCUUUUAUUACCUUUUUAAAUUUUAAUUUUCCAUUCCAAAUUAUUCUUUAACUCAUCAGAUUCCAUGAGCAUAUUCAACACAUAAAAAUGCUUUGCUCAUUUUCUUGCCAUUUGAAAUUUACCAGAUGGGCUGCUGAGAAACUGACGAUCCAGAAAGCAUAUGAACCAAGGGCUGGCAAUUGCCGUUUUCCCAUACCAACGUCCCACAAUGCGUCUCAUGGGAUGAGAGCUUAGUUUUGCCUUCUUGCCCUGCCAAUUAUAGUGAGUUUGUAUGCCAACAUGAGAAUUGCCUUCUGAGGCCUGGUGCGACAACAUCUGCCCUUUUCCUUUUGUCAUCUGAUCCAUGUUUUAUCUCAGACCUCCUGAGAAACAGACAUGGUGUGUCAAGUUUAUAGGACCACUUUAUCAUUUAUAUGGGCCUUCCUACAACUCAGAUCCAUGGUGUUGGAGGAUGUGUGUGUACUGGGGGCAUCAACACUGUCUGAUUUCUGGUUAUUGUCCUUUGGUUGUAAACUUGGAGGGGGAUAAAACUGCUAUCGGGGAGAUGCAGCAGAGUUGUAUUAUACUACUGUAUUCUUAUUUUUUUCUGUUGUUGAAUAUUCAAUACUUUUACAAACUAGUUCCCAAAUCUAUCGUACUAACAAACUGUAAUACAAUGUCUUUCAAUAAGUCUUCACCAAAUU